GCAGCUUGCACGCUCCGGCAGCGCUGGCCGCUCGCAGGCGCCGUGCCGCUUUGCGUCUCUGUGCCGCUUCGUGAUCUAUCACUCGGGCGGACGCAGCCCGCGACGUAGGCCGCUGGUCGGUCUCCUUGUGUGUGCUGAGUCUUCUCUGGCAGGCGGAGGCGUUGAUUGAUGUGUGUACAAGGAUAGUAACGGCCUCCUAUGGUCAACUCCACUGCUGGAUGAGGGCCCUUCACACACGCCGCCCGAACACGGAGCGCCUGUACACGGAGGUGUUCGAGGACAUCUGCAGGCCUCACGGCAAGCGGUACACCUGGGAGCUCAAGUCGCAGGUGAUGGGCAAGAAGUCGCUUGACGCGGCGCGCGUCAUCCGCGAUGCGCUAGAGCUGCCGAUGACGCCCGAGGAGCUGCUGGCAGAAAGCAUCGCUCGCCAGGAGAAGGUCUUUCCCAGCGCACGGCUCCUACCGGGCGUGGAGCGGCUGAUCGGGCACCUGCACGGGCACGGCGUGCCCAUGGCCGUGGCCACCAGCUCGGCGCGGGCCACCUUCCAGAUGAAGACCACCAACCACGGCGGCCUCUUCUCGCUCUUCCGCCACACGGUGCUGGGCGACGACCCCGAGGUGCGCAGCGGCAAGCCGGCGCCGGACGCCUUCCUGGUGGCCGCCCGCCGCUUCCAGCCGCCCGCCCGGCCCUCGCAGUGCCUGGUGUUCGAGGACGCCCCGCUGGGGGUACAGGCGGGGCUGGCGGCCGGGAUGCAGGUGGUGAUGGUCCCGGACGAGAACCUGGACUCGAAGCUCACGGCCGGCGCCACGCUGGUGCUGCGCUCCCUGCAGGACUUUGUGCCCGAGUCGUUCGGGCUGCCGGCGUACAGCGACUGAGCGAACGAUCGCGUGGGAAGGGCUGGAGAAAUAGAGAGCGGCCGUUCGAAUAAUGCUGGGUGAUGGCGAUGGUUUGACUGGCUUACGGAGUCUUCUUCUUACUUAUGUUGUGGGGUUGAUCAGGAAUGUGCUUAAAUGUUCGUGUCGAGGUUGGCGAGUGAGCAAGUGGGUGGCUUCAGGAGUGACCUGGUGAAUGUCUGAAUCGCGGCUGGCGAAUGAACGAAGCGAGCGGUGUGUGGUGAUUGUGGAGGUCAUGUGGGCCCCCUGGGAGAAAGGAAUUUGUGCGUUCUCCCUAUGUUGAGAUUAACACUCUAAAGUUUACAAACCAUACUACAGUCGGUGGCUGUAAUUUUCCAAAGGAUUCUAGAACUUGCAGAUAAAUAAAAAUAUAUAUACUAUACAGUU